CAGCACGGGCGCGGCGGUGGACAUGUAUAUUAUUUUAAAUGCGUCGUACUUCCUCGUUUCAGAUCAGAUACUUCACUGACUUUACGCCCUUAUUAAUUCUCCUCUCUGAUGUGAAUAUAGGAGCUUUGCGACGAGCCAAAAGCUGUGUAUACACUUGUCAGUAUCAAAUGGAUUCCAUAAAGAUUUUUAAGGAGUGAUUGAAGAUACGUUGUAAAAGUUCGUUUUGAGUUUUACGGAGGCCGUGAGUGUAGCACAAAAAAUGGCACAGUUCAGUGGGCUGUCUGGCGGUGGUGUAGCUCUACCUAUCGGAGUGCUUAUCAUUGUGUUAACAAUGGCGUAUUCACCAGUUACGGGUCAAGUAAGCACAACCUAUGGUACAUCUUGGCCUACUACGUUGGAAACCUACACCAUUUCAACAACAGAAACGUACUCAUGUGCCGAGGCGUGCGAUGGAUGCGUUGGACCGGGGGAAAACGAAUGCAUAAAGUGCCAUGAGGAUUACACAUUUUCAUGUCGGCAGUGCGAUGAUGAUGAUUUAGACCCGGGAGAUACAAACUGCACGUGUGUUGGCGAAUGUUUGAAGUUACCCCUAAUAGCUAUAUUAAUAGGUGGGAUUGUCGGUGGGGUUGCACUUUUUGUUCUGGUGUUGGUGAUCAUCGUAUGCUGUUGUCGAAGGAGAGGUCCUCCUAAGCCAGUGAAACGAGACUUCAGAUUAAGUACAGUUACAGGUGAUUCACAAUAUCCCCAAACUGGGGAAUUCCCAUCUGAUGAUGAAGCUGAUAUUGAGACGCAGCCAGCCACUGAUAGUGAUAUAUACGGUAAUGUGGAUAACCACGGCAACGUAAUCAGAUACAACAUGCCGAAUGAGAUGGAAAUGUCACCAGCGCCCAACAGUCCCACACCCACAGGAGGAGACUUUGGUGAUAUCUACGAGAAUAACAUUAUACCAUCCUUACCAAUAAAACCGUUGCCAAAAGCCAUCUCUCCGGCGAGGCAGGAUCAAGAUUUCGGUGAUGUAUAUGAGAACACACAGAUCGGAGAAGUUCCUCAACUUGGCAAGACCAGCCAUUCUCAACCUCGAGCCAUUCCUACGAUCCCAGUACGUCCACCAUCACCAGCAAGGAAAGAGCAUGAGGAUGAGGAUUCUGGAGGAAUGUACACAAAUGAGCUGAUCCAUCACACUACGAACAAAGAAUUGCUUCUUCAGAAACUUCAAUGGGGUUUGAGGGAUAUCCACCCAGCCCCUGCCAUCCCAAGAAAGCAAGCACCUCCAACAGCCAGCCAGCCCUCUGGCUCCAUAACAAACUCACCAAAGAAAAAAGCGCUCAACCCACCCCUUACCCAUCGGGUAAAUAUGGCCUUUGAAGGCGAUAGCCCCAACACUGACAAGCCCUUGCCAACAAUACCAGCCCCAGCUAAGAUUUCCACGAGUCAAAGUUGUCGACUCCCUCUUCCGGCAGCGCCAACACCGGGGAGUAGAUUCAACAGUCUCCCCAUUAAUGCCAGAGAAACACCCCCAUCGCACCUCGUUGAGAUGGAUGACAUCACCGAACAACCGUCGAGGUUGCCCCCUCUCCCACCCUCUCAGAAACCAAAGAAGCAGACUCCUACAAAGCCAUUACAACCAUCGGUGAAACCACCGAAAACAGUGCCAAAGAAGAAGAAAGAACCUCCGAAAACGUCUCCGAAAAGGCCUAUUGAUCGCUACAUCGAUGAUGAUGUAAGGGGUGCAGUUGAAAUGGGUACCAGACUAGUACCGGAUGCUCCCGACCAUGGUGGUGUUUAUGAAGCAGUUGAGUCUCCAACUCGGAAAGAUUUUGGCGAGAACUAUGAGGUUUGUGAUAUCCAAUCCAAACCACCAUCACCCACAAAGGACUAUGCACUUUCAUACGAGUACGUCGACCAGCCAAAACAAGACACAGGUAGUCCAGACUAUGGUGGGUCGUAUGAGAUAGUAGAAGCACCAAGCACACAAGACUAUGGCGAAGAAUAUGAAGCUAUUGAAAGACCGAGCUUUGAUAUCAGAAAUCGAGCUCCGAUGCCAACGCCGGAUACUGCGGCGUCUUACCCUCCUCCCAAACCGCAAACCCAUGCAAAGCCGGUCACCAAGCGCAGCUUGCCCAGUCAGCACAACAACUCAGAGCAAGACAAUGAUGGUGACGACUGGGGAGACGAGUACACCAACGUCCCGAAAUCAAGGGGCGGCAAAACUCAUCCGCCACAGCAUCACCGUCAACCUCCACUCCCUGGGAAGUUACACGUUCAGAGGAACGAUUUCUAUGACGAUAUACUGCAAGGUGGGGACGAUGGACAGGAGGAUGAUGACGGUGAGGCGUUCACACCUGGUAAACACUAUAAGAAUGUCCCUGCAAGAAGGGAACAACAUAAAAGGCUUGAUAACUACAUCCAAUUAACGGGUAAAAGUAAUUAGCCCUCAGUAGACGGAUUCAAAAAGCGUCAUCGGAACGCCAUUAUUUGAUGGUAAAUAAUUGGAAAAGUGCUAACGUGUAUAUGCACAAACUUUCAGCCAAUGAUGGCCUCACUCCGGACGGAUGCACGUUUCAUCAGAGAUGGUGGUCAGUGACAUCACUGUGCAAUCUAUCUGCCCGGUAGUCUUAAUAUUGGAGAACUGGUGUUUUAUUUUAGUAACCAGUAGAGUCACUGUUUAGGAGGAAGACUCGGAAGGACUUGGCAAGUCUAGAACCAGAUGUUUGUGUGAUGAUAUCGGCGAUUACCUCAUCAAAAUGAACAUCGCCAAUCAAUACUACAGUCAUUGACCUCCAACAUGGACCUAAUGCAUUGAUGUCAUCUUAGAUGGCGUAACACUAAUCGCAACGCACAGAUUGUACGCGUGGUACGCGGGAUUGGCCAAUGAUCAACUUUCCUUUGACCUCUCAGUGAUGGCGGUCUACUCAAAUGACAUCAUGUAUAACAUGCAAUCAAUAGCUCUAAAGGGAGGGGAUAAACUAAUGAAUGUAAAAUCUUUCUUGGUAUAAGAAGCACAGCAGCUGUUGAUAAUGUAUAACAUUAUUAUAAAAGAAACAGUUCUCUCAUAAGGAAUGUGGUUUUAGAGACGGGGAUUUUAAACGUGUUCAAUCUGAGAAACGUUUAUUUGAUAUACUCAAAGUCAGCUGAUAAUGUCAAAUUGAACUUUUAAGUUCAGGGUUAGCAUACAAUUAAAAUGUAACUAUCAGCCAGGCCAAUUGCAUUCGCUCUAAAAACGGUGUGGGUGGAGAUACCCCCCCCCCCCGUGAAUCUGUCCCUAUGACAUCUUUACCUGGCUUGUUUACAUACCACUAGAAGACAUGUUUUUUUGUUUUAGGAAAAACUGUCUAUCUAAAACAAUUCAGGUAAGGUUUGACGAGAUCCGGGUCCUUUGUUGCACCACUUCUAAUAGAUUAUGAACAGGAAAAAAACAAAUUUAAUCGGAUAUAGGUCAGAAUUACAGAGAGGAUCCGACUUGAAAUCCCAAUUUUCAACACUUUUCCGGUCAGCCUGACUCAGCAAUGGGUCAUGUCCACUGGACCAGGCGGUGUGAAUGAGAUUCUGUCCCAACACGGCAAACUUUGUAAAAACUUCUUUCUCAUAUAAGUGCCCAAUUUGGAAUCAACCUCCUACAGCCCUUCAAUUGCCAAUGGGAAAGAACCUCCGGCGGAAAGAGUUUCUGCUUAUUUACCUUAUGCAAUUUGGUCGUUGUACCUUUGUAUUAUAGAAACAAAAUUUGUAUAUUAUAUUUUGUUUAAGAUAUUUUUGUUAUACAGAAAUCCUCACUCAAUUUAACAUAAUUUUUGGUACGAACUAUUAUAUAAUUAAUAUUAAGCACAUGGAAUACUUAUACAAAAUAUGCCAAAUUAUUUCUUGUAUUAAAUGCCGUCUUCCACUAUUCUAGAAAUAUACGUAAAUUUCUUUUUAAUUGUUAACUGACAAUCAUAAAUAUUUAUCUUUUUAAAUGAAAUAAUACGCAGAGAAUAUCAAAAUAAUGUGUAAGUAUCAUAAUCAACGAAUCACUGAAAUAUGAACGUGUAAAAUAACUUGUAUUUUAUUAAUUUGACUACGCUAUACUGAUAACUUCUUCAGAGUUUUUAUCUAGAUCGUGUAAUUUAAGUUUGAUUUGUGGCAGAAGCAAUACAGAGUGUUUCUGCCAUUAAUGGUGUAAGAAGUGUGAUCAUUUAUACGCAGACGGUUCGCAGACAUAUACUGCAGCAAACAGACGAUAAAUUCAUUCCCGCUAAAUUUUCAGCCGCUUUAUAGUUUCAAGAUCACUCCUUGUUGGUGGUCAACCAUGUGAACAACUCAAAACAAAACACUAAGCGCUCAUUGAUUGCCUCUGCUCCUUCAUUUCCAUACUAUUAAUAGCUUCACUGGAAACAGACGAAUUCUGAACGCACCUUAUACAUCGAUUUGGGCACAAAUAUUUCACUGGGAGAGGGUUUGUACAAACUCGUGAAUUAAUAAGCUUUCUGAUUGAAACUUACAUUAUUUUGUAUCCUCACUUUUAGGUACCAAUGCGCAGUACUGUUUCGGUUAGGAAAAUUAGGAAUCGUAGUAGGCCUUCUCAGUAUGAACCGUAAUUGGCUGCACGCAAUUUAUUUUUUUAAUUAAAUUUAAAUGACAACAAUAAGAUUGGCUGAAAGAGAAAUUGCAUUAAUGUUAUAUGAACAAUAUUAAGUAGAUUGUAUGUAUAGUGUAUACAAAGACAAAAUUGGAAACAAAAUAAUGUCCAACAAAGCGAUUCCUCUUUCUUGUUUAAAACAAAAAAAGACUUGAUUAUCUGGUGAUCUGAAAGCACUGCCAGACAAACAGACGAUACAAACAGCAGACACAAAUAGAUAAUAAAAAAAGUAAAUAAAAGAUGUUAAGUUUGCAUCUUGGACAAAUAAUAUUCAUUUUUUUCUUACCCAUUAUAC